AAAAAAGAGUGGAAGGAUCCCUACAUUACAUCCUCUACUUUUGUUUCUCACAAUGUCGUCUACUAUUGACGCACCUCGACAAUACAGUCAGCCUUCUCGUAAAGGCAAGAAGGCCUGGAGAAAGAAUGUGGACGUUACGGAGGUUCAGGAAGGUCUCCGGGCGUUGAAAGAGGAAGAAAUCAAAGGUGGUGUCCUGGCCGAGAAGCCGUCCGAUGAACUGUUCACAAUCGACACUGUUGGCUCAGAAGAUGUCCGCAAGGCGAUCGAGAAGAAACACAAGCCGCUGAAGUCCGAAGAGAUUAUCGCUCAACGAUCUGCGAUCCCGGCAGUAGACACUCGGAAGCGCUUGAGCUCGAAGGUCACAGAUGGGGUGGUCGAGCCGAAAACCAAAAAGCAGAAGAAGGACUGGGUUAGCCGGAAGGAUUGGUUGCGCCUCAAGCAGGUGGCCAAGGACAACAACCCGACCAACAAGGUCGAACCAGGCGCGAAUUAUGAUCCUUGGGCCGACAACGAAGAUCCGACUCCGCUGGAUGACCCCCAGUUUGAUUUCCUGGAAAAACCCAAGCCCAAGGUCGCCCCCGUGACGCUGAAGCAUGCCCCGAUUUCGCUUGCUGCGAAUGGAAAGCCCAUUCCCGCUGUCCGCGCCCCCAAUGCCGGUACGAGUUACAACCCGACGUUCGAAGAGUGGGAUCAUUUGCUGCAGACGCAGGGACAGAAGCAGGUGGAGGCCGAGCAGAAGCGCUUGGAAGAGGAGCAGAAGGAGCUGGAGAAACAGCGCAAGAUUGAAGAGGCCAAAGAUGACGACGGAGAAGUGAAGUCGGAUGACGAGAGUGCUUGGGAAGGUUUCGAAAGCGAAUAUGAAAAGCCGGACUGGCUGAAGAAGAAGCGACCUGAGCGGAAGACGAAGACCGAGAGGAACAAGGCCAAGCGACGCAAGGAAGCCGAGAGAAAGGCGAAGUGGGAGGCCAGACAGAAGCAGAAGGACGAGCAAGUUGCACAGGCCAAGGCCAUCGCUCAAAAGCUACAGGAGCAGGGACUUGAGCCUAAACAGGAUUCCGAUGCCGAUUCUGACGAGGAGGGCGAUGAGACAGCUUUGCGACGAAGACCUUUAGGAGGAAAGAACAUGGCACCCGAGAAGAAUCUGGAGGUUGUCCUGCCAGACGAAUUGCAGGACUCUCUGCGUCUUCUAAAACCCGAGGGCAAUCUCCUCGACGAUCGAUUCCGCACGUUGAUCGUCCAAGGCAAGCUGGAAUCUCGCAAGCCAAUUUCGCAGCCCAAGAAGGCGAAGAGAAAGGUGACCGAGAAGUGGGCUUACAAGGACUUCAAGGUCCCGGGGGUCAAUUGGAAGAAACUCCAGGAGACGCUGAAAAAGGACCCCGUCUCCACCUCCACCAAGCGCAAGACGUCGGACCGCGACGUCCAACAUGGUGUGGUGAAGAAACGGAAAUCGGAGGUCGUCGACGGAAAAAAGAAACCAGAAUCUACUCGCAUCUCGAAAAAGAGAAAAAGGAUGGGCGAUGCACCUGGCGAUGGAGGCGAGAAUGGAGUCCAAGACAAAUCGGCGUCGCGGAGGAAUUCUAUGGCUGCAGAAUCGAAGAUCGCAAAGGUCAACGAAGGUCGAUCACCAACCGCUGAACUAGGGAAAUUCGUCGCAAUGGACUGCGAAAUGGUGGGAGUCGGACCCAACCCCGACAACGACUCCGCUCUUGCCCGUGUCAGUAUUGUCAAUUUCAACGGCGAUCAGGUCUACGACUCCUACGUACGGCCGAAAGAAAUGGUCACGGACUGGCGAACGCAUGUCAGCGGCAUAACCCCCAAGAACAUGGUCGAGGCGCGCUCCCUUGAGCAGGUUCAGAAGGACGUCGCCAACAUUCUGGACGGACGAAUACUUGUGGGACAUGCUUUGAGCAACGACUUCUACGCCUUACUUCUCAGCCACCCCAAGCGGGACGUCAGAGAUACCAGCAAGCAUCCCCCGUACCGCAAAUUGGCCGGAGGCGGUUCUCCCCGUUUGAAGAUGCUGGCCUCAGAGUAUCUAGGUUUGGACAUUCAGAAGGGCGCCCAUUCUAGUGUGGAGGACGCGAGAGCGACGAUGAUGCUGUAUCGACGGGAUAAGGAUGCAUUCGAACGCGAGCAUCUGAAGAAGUGGCCGGUGCGCGCUGUCGCUGAGAAGACCGAGAAGGAAGACGGCGAAGAGCAGAAGAAGAAGAAGAAGAAGAAGAAGAAGACCCGCAAGAGGUGAAGGAUUUGCAGCCAUCAAUCAUGUCAUAAUAUACCCCAGAUUCUUCAAAGGUGACGAGUACUUUCCGGCGCUUUUUGAACAGCAUAUAGACCGUUUGAAAUAAAG